AUUUAUACUAUAUUAUAUUUAUUGAGAGUUAAGUAAUAAAAGAUCAUCAAAAUGUUUUUUUGGAAUUGGAUUUUGGAUUUGUUCUCCUAUUUCGGAUUCAAGAAAAAUGCGAAACUGUUAAUCAUCGGUCUUGACAACGCCGGGAAAUCUACGUUCCUGGAUAGGCUGGCGGACAGCAGACUUGCACAAAACCCUCCCACCUGGCAAACAAGAAGCAAGCAGCUUGAUCUUGGACGGCUCCGCUUCACGGCAUAUGAUUUGGGCGGUCAUCCGACAGUAAGACGGGUGUGGAAGGAUUACUUUCCGGCGGUAGACGGGAUUAUAUUCAUGGUAGACUCAGCCGACUCGAAAAGAUUUGAAGAGGCAAAGACAGAGUUAGAUAGCGUGUUGACAUGUGAUGUUUUACCGGACGUUCCAGUGGCCGUGCUCUUUAACAAAAUUGACCGGAAGGAGGCGGUCGAUGAAGACCUACUCACCGCACAACUGAACCUUCAUACCAGCAAGACAGGAAAGGAAUAUACACCGAGGGAGAAAGUCGGUCGACGCCCCGUCGAGACAUUUCCAGUGAGCCUGGUCAAGCUUAUGGGAUACGGCGAAGCAAUGCGAUGGCUAGCGUACUAUAUAGAAUAAACAGUGCAAUUGUGUUUAUUUUAUGUUCGUCAUUUAUUUUGCUUUUAUGUUUUUGUUCUUCAUAACUUCGUUAAUUUACUUCAGUAUGUUCCAUUGUACGUUGCUAUUACGAGGCGUUAUCAUACACUAUAUUACGUUUACCUUGCCCAAGGUGCGUUGUGCCAGAAAUGCAAAUCACGAUAUUAAAAAUAUUAUUGUUAACUUUUUCCAGAUAAACAGUGUUUUGUGUAUUGUAUAUGUAUAUAAUAGAUAAACAAAAAAUAUAUACGACUUUUUGUGUACCGCGCGAGUAUUAUAUGUUUUAAACACGUCUUUUUUACAAUUCAUAUAUGAAGUAUUCUUUUGAUUAUUGUUGUCCGGUGAAAGUCAAAAACUAGCGAACAUGCUUAAGAACAAUAACUACACCUCAUAAAAGAGAUGGCAGAGUGAGAGAGAGAGAGAGAUAUUCUUUAUUUCCUCCGAUAAUGAAGAGACAUGACACAUUAUAAUCAGAACAUAAUACAAAGGAAC